UAUUUUAUAACUGUUUUUAGAUUGAUUUUGUUUUUUCUUAGAAUUAAUUUUAUAAUUUUGGAUUUGACUUAUUUUUUAGAAUUUAAUUUGGUUAUGAUUAAUUCUUCAUCGUUUGUAAUGACUUUUAUUUUUGAUUGAAUGUCUCUUUUGUUUAUGAGUUUUGUAUUGUUUAUUUCUGGUAUGGUUAUUUAUUAUAGUCGUGAAUAUAUAAGAGGAGAUUUGUAUUUAAAUCGUUUUAUUUUGCUUGUAGUUAUAUUUGUAGUUUCAAUAAUGUUGCUUAUUAUUAGUCCUAAUUUAAUUAGAAUUUUAUUGGGUUGGGAUGGAUUAGGUUUGGUUUCUUAUUGUUUAGUUAUUUAUUAUCAAAAUGUAAAGUCAUAUAAUGCCGGUAUGUUAACUGCUUUAAGAAAUCGAAUUGGUGAUGUUGCCUUAUUGAUGGCUAUUGCUUGAAUAUUAAAUUAUGGUAGAUGAAAUUAUGUUUUUUACUUAGAGGAAUUGAAGGGUAGAUUUUAUAUAUCUAUUAUUUCUUAUUUGGUUUUGUUGGCUGCUAUAACUAAGAGAGCUCAGAUUCCAUUUUCUUCUUGGUUACCUGCAGCUAUGGCUGCUCCUACUCCUGUUUCUUCUUUGGUCCAUUCUUCAACACUGGUAACUGCGGGUGUGUAUUUAUUGAUUCGUUUUAAUUUUGCUUUUAGAAAUUAUUUGAUGUAUUUGUUACUUUUUAUUGCUAUGAUAACAAUGUUUAUAUCAGGAAUUGGGGCUAGGUUUGAAUUUGAUUUAAAAAAAAUUAUUGCUUUAUCAACUUUAAGUCAGUUAGGGUUAAUAAUGAGUAUUUUGGCGUUAGGUAGGUAUAAGUUGGCUUUUUUUCACUUGCUUACCCAUGCUUUAUUUAAGGCUUUAUUGUUUAUGUGUGCUGGUAAUGUUAUUCAUAAUUUGGGCAAUUGUCAAGAUAUUCGUUUUAUGGGCGGGUUAGUAAAAUUUAUGCCUCUUACUUGUGUGUAUUUUAAUAUUUGUAGUUUAUCAUUGUGCGGUUUACCUUUUUUGAGAGGAUUUUAUUCUAAGGAUUUAAUUUUGGAAGUAAUAUCAAUAGGGUAUUUGAAUUUGUUUGUUUAUUUAAUUUUUUAUUUAUCUAUUGGGUUAACAGUUUGUUAUAGAGCUCGUCUUGUUUAUUAUAGUUGGGUGGGUAAUUGAAAUUUUUUUUCUUUAGGAAGAGUCUCUGAUAGAGGGGUUGUUAUGCUAAAGGGAAUAAGAGGUUUAAUUUUACUUGUUGUUUUUAUGGGUAGGUUAUUAGGUUGAAUUAUGUUUCCUUUUCCUUAUGUUAUUAUUUUACCUUUUUAUAUAAAGUUAAUGGCUUUAAUUAUAGUCUUUUUAGGGGCUUGAAUUGGAUAUGAAAUGUCAAAGUUUAAUUUAAGUUAUAGAAAUAUUUAUGCGAAUAACUAUGGUGUUUCUUGGUUUUUAUCAGGUAUGUGAAAUAUGCCAGUGAUUUCUACUUUUGGUGUAAAUUAUUAUCCUGUUGUUGGAGGAUCUGUUCUUUAUAAAACAUUUGAUCAGGGUUGAACUGAAUAUUUCGGUGCUCAAAAAAUUUAUGGUUUAUUAGUGAGGGGAUCUUCGUUUGUUCAAAUUUUAAUGUAUAAUAGAAUUAAAAUUUUCUUUGUUUUGAUGUUGUUUUGAGUUAUAUUAUUACUUAUGCUUUAACUUGGAUAGCUUAUAUAGAGCAUGAUAUUGAAGAUAUCAGGGAAAUUAUUAAAUUUUCAGGUAUUUAUAAAUGUUAAUUAAUUUUACAUUGAAAAUGUAAUGUUUUUUUUAAACUAUAUAAAUAGAAAUAUAAACAUGUUAAUGCUUUUUAUUAAGUUAGAAGCUUAUUUUUGUAUAUUUCUUUAAUUGGAACUUAGUUCAGUUUUAUCAUUAACAGUGAUAUACCUCUAUUUUGGUUUCAAUUAAAAAUAAGGAUUGUUAAAAUCAGAUUUUUAGGUCGAAACUAAAUGCAAUUCUUUGCUUCUUAUUUAAGAUAAAUUGAUUAGAUCAAUUAUUUUUAAGUGCAAAUUAAAUGUUAUUAUUAACUAUUAUCCUAGUUUGUUCAGUUAAGAGCUCCUUGUUUUCAUUCGUGAUAUAGUCCAAUUAAUAAGAUUGCAAUGAAAACUGAUGUUGUAAUAAAAUAUGAUAUAAGAGAGUUUGAUUUUAGAGUGAUGAUUAUUGGUAAUAAAAGAGUGAUUUCUACGUCGAAAAUUAAGAAAAUAAUAGCAAUGAGGAAAAAAUGUAGUGAAAAUGGAAGUCGAGAGGAAGAUUUGGGGUCAAAUCCACACUCAAAAGGAGAUCUUUUUUCUCGAUCUGUAAUGGUUUUUUUAGACGUUAAGUUUAGGACUAUAAUUAGAAUGAGUGUGAUUAGUCUAAUAAUUGUGGCUAUAAUGAAUAGAAUUUGGAUUAUUUAUACUAUUUUCUAGAUCUUUUGAUUGGAAGUCAAAAAUAAUUUUUAUACUAUAUAAAUAUCUACCUCAUCAGUAAAUUGAAAUGUAAAGGAAUAGUCAUACUACGUCUACGAAAUGUCAAUAUCAGGCUGCGGCUUCAAAUCCAAAAUGAUGAAUUUGUGAAAAAUGAUUGUUAAUAUGACGAAUUAAACAGACUAGAAGAAAGGUGGUUCCAAUAAUUACAUGAAUUCCAUGAAAUCCUGUAGCAACGAAAAAUGAUGAACCAUACGCUGCAUCUGAAAUUGAAAA